AUGGCCUUGAUAGUGGUGCCGCGUCAAGGAGGGAGGAGGAGAAUGUCUUACCCGAGGGGUACUGCAGCAGUUAGAAUGUUGACUGGACACGUAGGAGGACUGCGGACACGUUACUUCUGUCGGACACAGACUAUCUUGGCGUGGCUUGACUCCGGCUCGGCGGAGCAGACGAACUCUUAG